UAAAUGACGUAUAACGUUUUAAAUCGAUUAGUAAAAACGAAUACAAUUCGCAUGGUUUACGUGUUGAAAGUAGUCGGUCUUACGCCAAUGUACUGCGACAAUUGUUCGGAUACGUAAGAGGUUGUCAUUUAAUUGUAAAAACAAGAAAUCUAUAAUGAAAAACACCAAAGAAGAAGUGGAUUUAUACCGUGAUACGUAUGUCAGAUAUCUGGGAUAUACAAACGAAGUUGGAGAGGCUUUUCGACCCAUAAUUCCAAGGUCAGUUGUAUGGUUAAGUUACCUUGUAGCCAGUGGGUAUGUUGUCGCAGACACAGUCCACAAAGGCAUCAAACAAUACAGUAGCGAUACUACUUCAGCAGCAACAAAGAAUGCUUUCUUUUCUAUGUCGGACACCUUGUUGUGGCAGUCAUUUGCAUCUGUGAUAAUUCCUGGUUUCACAAUUAAUAGAAUCUGUGCUACUGUUCAAUAUGUACAACGUAAAAGUACCAAUGUGGCCUUAAAAAACCGUUGGAUUUCCACCAUUGUUGGUCUGGUUUCUAUACCAUUUAUAAUACAUCCUAUAGACCACAUGGUCGAAGACACAAUGAAUCUAACAUACAGAAAGUGGAUAGGGUAUCAUCCUAAUUCUCCACCAACAGAAAAUGUAGAUAAUUCUAGACAAUAAACCUUAGGUCUAAUCAGCUUUCCAAGGGAAUGAAAGUACCACUGCUUAUAAUGCAAUAAAAAUAAUAGUACAAUUUACUUAAGAGCCAUGCCUAUUUUAUGAUAUUAUAUAUGUUAACUAUAAUAUAUUUAAUAAUAUUAUUUACUUUAUUAUUACAAAGACAUGUACUCUAUGAAUAAAAGAAUGUUAUGUUUAUCA